UCUAAUUAUACACCCAACAACAGAGAGAGAGGAAGACGGAGAGCGAGCCACAGAGUGAGGGAGAGGGAGCGCGUGGAACAUGGAGAGGAAGGAUGAUUACAAAUGGAAGAGAAGCUAAAAGUGCCACUCGGCAGCAAACACAGGCCUGCGAGGACGACACAAGACAGACAGGUGUGUGUGUGUGUGUGCGUGAGUGUGUGUGUGUGUGUGUGCGUGUGUGUUUGUGGAAAGUCGGCGCUCCUGUUGGACCUGAACAUGGAUGGAUAUUCUCUGUGAAGAUGGAUGCACAGGCAGACACAAAUGGAUGAAUGGAAAAACAUGCAAAUUGUGGCGACCUUGGAUCGGCGACAGUUGCCAAGAGACUAAUGGAGCCCGUGUCACAUGAUCACAACGCCACCUGUAGUUCUUCGGGAGUGUCGGUGUGAGUGACGAUCAGCUCGAGCCCAUGAGCUUCACAACAAACUCGGCUCUGGUCCCGGGUAGGGACAGCCUCCCGCUCAAGAAGAGGGACCAAAGACCAAGCUCGCCACUUCAGCAGCAGCAGCAACAGCAGUGCGAUGCUGCAAACUUUAAGGCGCCAUACCCUUACAAGAGCCACACCGAACUCACCACAAAGCACACUGGCCCAUUCCAGCCCGUGCCGAGACGGGUUACUGCCCUGUACCAGCCCUGGAUGCACACACCCACACCUAACAGGUCCAAACCGCAGAUUCUUUCUGCAUUCAGGGAGCAUCAUGGCUGGGCAGAGUGGAGAGAGUUCAACCCCUUGCACCCUGGAUGGGACUUUCCUAACCACUAUCAGCACCAAAGCCACAUAUCUGGCACACCUGCACUCCACCCAGGCCAUCCGUACUAUCCUUCCAGAUUCAACGCUGUCUCCCUGGAGGGUUUCCACAGAGCGAGUGGAGCGUACAGCUGGGAGAAGCACAAGACUUCAAGAGAGAAGAGUUUGAGCGCAGAGAGGCAGACCUACAGCAGGCAUAAAGGUCCAUACAUGAGGAGAGGAGAGAGAAAAACAGAGUAUUUUCCCAGGGUCGAAAGGGCAAGUACUUCACCUUUGAGCACAAGCCUACCUCACUCUCCCCGUGAGAACCCCAAACUUCGACCUGAUUUGUCGCACAGAUCAACAAAGGCUGCCUCUAUUUCAGGACAUUCCGUCAUGCAAGUUUCCCCAAACAACUCCAAAAGCGCUGGCGGCUUCACGAAGGAGGACGCUUCCACGAGGCCCUCCUCUGAGCAUGUUUCCUCCUCCACCGCCUCUCCUAACAGUUUCCCCUGGCUCCUCCCUCACUUUGUGGCCGGUUCUCUGAUUGAGCUCAGGGAUGGGCGGCUGAGGAGGGUAGAGCACCUGCAAACUGAAGACUUCCUGCUUGGCUCACUGGCCUGUCCAGACCUGCGCCUGAGCUGCUGCACGGUGCAGAGUAUCUCCCCUUCAACUUCCUCGUCCUCAAUCUCCCGCCUCCUCAUCAUGCUUCAUGACCAGCAGAGCCAGGAGCUGGUGGAUGUGUAUGUGGAGUACCCGUUCUUCGUGCGUGGGCGCGGCUGGUCUUCCUGCAGCCCUCAGAGGACUGCCCGCAUCUGCGGCCUGCAGUGCCACCAGCUCAGCGUAGGGGAUGUCUGCCUGGCUCUCACACCUGUAUUAGCUCCCCAGGCUCCACAGCCAGCCACAUCGGAGCCAAAAACCUCACCCGAGAAGUUAGAAGAGGAAGGGUGUGAGCCCCUAAAAGCAACACAUCCACAAUCUGGCCCGAGCACACUGCUUCCCACAAGGCCAGGGGAACAAGCACUGGAGCCGAAGAGGGGCGCAGAGGCGGUCCGCAGGAGGCAUUUCUCAGCCCCUGAGCUGAGAGGUCCAGGAACUAAUUGCAUGUAGUGAACAGUGGCUGUUUCAUUUGCAGGGAGCUAGCUGGUUGCUUUUCAGCUCUUUUCUAAUCAGCCUGUAUUUACUGUCAUUCUACCUCCUGAAUCAUAUUUCUGUGCUUGACUGUCGGUAUGAUGAUUGUAUCUAAGGAGGAACCGCUUAAAGAGGAAAGAUUAACUCUCAGGAUCCCCCGGAGGUGUGAUAACACAUGCUGUAUUUGUCAAGGUUAGUCAAGGAUCACACGCUGACAACAUGAAUCGUGUCAGAGCUCGACAUUGCAUCUGCUGUAAGCCUACACAAAGUCUGCAGCAGCACAUAAUUCAGAUCUUAUACGCAAGAACUCAGGCUAUGUGACACGUUUUCUUUUUGAAAUGUAGAACCAAAGUGUAAAAUUUGUGUUGCCACAUAAAACCGCUUCAGUAACAAUGCGUUUGAGGGAAACCCUGUUAGUUCAAAGGACAGCGUGUUUGAGUUUUUGGCUCUGAUGUAAGUGUUCAUAUUAUUAUUUCUAGCAGUUCUGACUAAAUCAGCCCACGUUCCUUGAAAAGCACAAAAAAAUACUCCCUCAGGUCUUCGCUGCUCAUGAUAGUUUCUCUCUUUCCUGCCUGGUAUUAUGUAAGAGUUCUUUGUGAUCACAAAAGGAAACUUCGCUCCGAAUUGGAAACUGGAUACUUUAACCAAUUUGACAAUUUCAGAUUUACAACGAACGGGAUUUUCUUCGCUACAUGAGAAGGAUUUCAUUUUACGCUUCUACCUCUAUUUCUUCGAUAACAGGUCUAACCUGUGCUUUUAAAAGCGUGGGCUGUGAUGUGUGAGUGUAAUAUGCUACGUUAGAGGCACAAAGCUUCUCGGUGAUGUCGGUAUAAAUGCCUUUUUUUUAAAUGCCUGGAUAUAUUGUAUUGUGCAUAUGCUGUGCUUUCUUUUUUGUACUGAUGCUCCGUUUUGAAUGUGUCCCACUGUUAAGAGUGGGCAUGAAAAAGACUGGAAAGUGUGCGUGUACACGGCUCGCCUAACAGUUCAUUUUAAGUGAAUAGGAUGAUCUUUAAAUGUAGAGUUAAUAAUAAUAAUGGCAGAGUUAUUGGACACAAGGUGCUGUAGGUGAAGGUGAAGCAAAGCUGAAGAAAUAAAUAUUCCAUGUGUUAACUGUGCAGCCCAUUCAGUACUUACAGAGGAGGCGUUUACAAGCCAAACAUGCGAAUAAUACUUCUGCUGAGAAAAUGUUUGAGGAAAAAAAAAGAAAAGGAAAUCUUGGUUAGACUUUCUUAAUGCGAUAAAAUAUACAGUCCGGCUGCAGCUCUGCUCUGACACCAGACAAAGUGUGGAUAGAGCAGAUGAAGGAGUGAUGUUGGAUUUCGUAGCAGGUCGUGUGGAUUGAACAGGUUAGCAGUCAGAGCCUUCAUUGACCAGCCUUGUUCCAGGUCAGCCCACUGAUGCUCAACCAGACUGGGAUCUAGGGAAUCUGCUGUGAUGCUUAAGCGUUUUCCUGAGUGAUUUGUCCUGCUGAGUGAGGCCUGCGACAAUGUUCAGGUUCAUCCAAAAACGAUGGUGAGCGGCUUCAAGAGGAAGAUUUACAGUUUUAUGAGCUGUAAAGUCGGUUUUAAU